AUGGCACAGGCACAGAUUGGUAUGUCUAAUGAACAAAAGUUUACAAUUAAUUUAUUUAAAAACAUAGAGAAAAAUAACAAGAGUGUUGUAUGGCCUAGGCCGAAAUACGAUGAAGUUGUAGCAAAACUUCUCACCGGAAAGAAAACUUGUGCUUCGGAUUAUUAUCACAGUCAAAAGUUUGAUGUUCUUCAAUGUGGAGACAUACAACGGCUUGUGAAGAAGAAAAAGCAGGAAUCCGAUCCAGUUUUGUAUUACGUCUGUGCCGAAGACAUGUAUAGCAUCAUACAAAAAGCACAUAUAAUUACUGGACAUGGUGGACGUGAUAAAAUGCUGAAAGAACUGGCAAAAAAGUAUGCAAACAUUACUAGAGAUGUCAUAGGCCUUUUCAAAGAAUUAUGUGAAGAGUGUCAACUUAAAAAGAGAAAACUUGCCAGCAAAGGACUUGUCAUUAAGCCUAUUUUGAGCAAAGACUUUAACAGUAGAGGUCAGGUUGAUCUUGUUGACAUGCAGUCAUUAAAACAGGGCGAAUACAAAUUCAUUAUGCAUUAUCAAGACCAUCUCACGAAGUUCUCAGUUCUUCGAGCUUUAACAUCGAAGCGUGCUGCAGAAGUUGCGUUUCAGUUACUUGACAUAUUUCUAUUGAUAAGUGCUCCAAAUAUUCUCCAGUCUGACAAUGGACGCGAGUUUACAGCUUCGGUUAUUUCAGAACUAAAGGAUCUCUGGCCAGAUAGUUGCAUUGUUCAUGGUAAACCACGCCAUCCACAGACACAAGGAAGUGUUGAACGUGCAAAUGCCGAUAUCAAAGACAUGCUUGUAGCUUGGAUGCGAGAAAAUCAAAGUAAAUCCUGGACUAUUGGAUUGAAGUUUGUUCAGUUUAUGAAAAACAACAGUUAUCAUUCCGGAAUUAAACGCAGUCCAUACAAAGCUAUGUUUGGUUGUGAUGCCAAAAUGGGUUUAACCACAUCGUCACUUCCAAAUGAUAUUCUGUCUUCACUGGAAAGCGAAGAAGAUCUUCAAGCACAGCUUGACGAAUCUCAGCCAGAGUCUUGCACUAGCUCUCAGACAGAAUCAGAGUGUGAAGGAGAGACUGAGUUGCAUACAACUGACGAUGAAGCACAAAUCGAAAUUCAUGCAGAGAAUGAACUUGUAUGCGCAGUAUGCAGCUAUACUAAAGCAGGUCUGAGUUUAUCGUCCCCAUCAAUUAAAAAUCCGUCCUUCUAG